AGAGGAGAACGUGAGUGUCCGUGGACUCGUCGCCAUUCGUUUGUGAUGUUUGUUUCCUCGUGUGAGUUCAGUCAGAGUCACAGAGUGAGUGUCAGUCACCAUGAGGUUGAUGUCCAGAAGAAUCACAGGAGGCUCAUUCAGCUGCUCAUCUGUCCUGCUGCUGCUGCUGAUGCUGCUGAUGCUGCUGCUGAUGCUGUGCCAGCUCACAGACAGUGUUCCUGACCAGAAGUCUGACUCUGCACUCACUGUGGUGGAAAAUGUAGAAAGAGGAGAAGGAGAAACAGUUGAAGAUGAAGAGGAGGAGGAGGUGAUGAUGGAAAACCUGGAGGUGGUGCAGCCGACUGACGAGUGGCAAACACUCACACCAGGUCAGGCAGUACCAGCAGGUUCACAUGUGAGGCUGAAUCUGCAGACUGGUCAGAGGGAGGUCAGACUGGGAGAGGAGCAACUCAAGUACUGGACCCAGGAGCACAGGGAGGGAGACGAGGCUUCCUUCAGUCCUGAUGAACUCAAACAGGCCAUGAAGAAGAUAAAGGAGGACCUGAAUCCAAACUCUGUCGCCUCCAAGUUUCGCCCCCUAGAGGAGUUAAAGAAAGACAUGGCUCAGCUGGACCUGCUGGUGGAGACAGAUGUUCAGAUAAUGAGGCGUCUGCUCGACCAGUACAGCAGCAGCAACUCCACCACAGAGCAGAGGCUGAACAUCCUGCUGGAGCUGGAGUAUCUGGUGCACCAGGUGGAUAAUGCUCAGAAUCUGUGCUCCAUGGGAGGUCUCCAGCUGAUCCUCGACGGCCUGAACAGCUCAGACGUGAGAUUACAGGAGAGGUCUGCGUUUGUGCUGGGAUCAGCUCUGUCCAGUAAUCCAGUGGUGCAGGUUCAGGCAGUGGAGAACGGAGCUCUGCAGAGCCUCCUGACUGCUCUGGCCACUGAUCAACCACUCAGAGUCAAAAAGAAGGUGCUGUUUGCCGUGGCCUCUCUCCUGCGUCACUUCCCCCAUGCGCAGCAUAACUUCCUGUCUCGGGGGGGACUACAGGUUCUGUCACAGCUGUUCAGGGCAGACACGAGUGGAGUUCUGCGAACGCGUGUCGUCACCAUGUUAUAUGACAUGAUCAGUGAGAAGGAGCUGAUCUCUCAGACGGGUCUGGACCAGGUCUUGGAUGCCUCCCAUGAGGAGCGCGUGCGGCAGUACUCUCAGGUCUCUGUGGAGGUGGAGCUGCAGGAGAAGGGCUGGUGCGGUCUGGUCCCACAGCUGCUGGAGUCCACAGAGCAUGACCACAGAGAGAAGGCUCUGCGGGCUUUGUUAGCGAUGGCUCCGGCGUGUUUGGAUCAGUACCGCGCAGACAGCUCUCUGCUGGUCUCCCUGCUCUCUCUACGAGAACAGUACCAGGAGAUGGCUCAGUCAGAGAUGAUCGUCGGAGAGGAGAACAGCUACUACGCCGAGCUCGUAGAACAUAUCGAUGCUCUACACGUCAAACUCAAGUGAGCAGAGACACAGUGACUCUGAGUGAGUCAAGGUUUCCUGGAUGGUGUUUGGGUUGUCGGGGUGACGGCUGCUCUUGUUGUGGAUGAAUAUUUGGACGUGUCUUAUUGUCUGCUCUGAACACAGAGGACUCUGUUGUACUAUAUUCUUACUUUGUUUUGAUUAUUUAUUAAUAAAUUAAUGAAAAAAGA